AUGGAGCUGAGCGACCUCAACCCGACGGCCGGCCUCGAGCAGGUCGAGUCGGUCCUGCCGUCGCUGGUCUCGGGCGACGAAAUGCGCUUUCUGCUGGAGACGGUGGACAACAAUCUGCUGUUGCUCAUCGACAUCAGGUCCCUGCAACACUUUUUCUCGUCUCGCAUCAAAGGCGCGCUGAGCAUUUGUAUUCCUACGGUGCUGCUGAAGCGGCCCUCUUUCGGCACGCAGAAUUUGUUGCAGCAAUUCGAGGGAGGUGCCGGUUGCGACAAGCUUGCGCGCUGGCCGGAGAUGCAGUGGAUCAUCGUCUACGACAUGCAUGCCUCAGGCCUGGACGAGGCAUCGCCGGCGCUGACCAUGAUCAAAAAGUUCACCAGGGAAAACUUCGCCGGGAGGAUUGGCAUCCUCUUCGACGGCUUCUGCGGCAUUCAACGCGCUUUCCCGGAGCUCGUCGACUCCGAACGCGCCGAUGCGUCAUCGGUUGCUCAGCCUGACGAUGCCGCCGGACUGGUCAUUGGCGGAGUCUUGAUGCCGCCGCAGUCUGGCACCGGUCAUGACCCCGUCACCGUUGCAAAUGAGACUCACAUGGCGCACAUUGCCCGGCUCGACUUGUCGGUACCGAAAAACGUCGACCGCGCCGUUCUCCCGCGCUGGCUGCGCGAUGCCGUGUCAAGACGCGACCAAGGUAUGACGGUUAGGAACAAUUUCCUGCGCCUCGAAGUCGACGAAUUCACGCGGAAGAAAGACGCGUUUUCGCAAUACCUUCCCAGGGGACGAGACACGAGCGAGGUGGAGAUCUACGGAGUCGAGCUACAUGACAAGAACCGGUACAACGACAUCAUUCCCUACUAUCACGCUCGCGUUCGCGUCCAAAGCAAUCCGCGCGGAAGUUGCGAUUACUUCAACGGAAGCUACCUGAAGUCCCUCGGGAGCCGGAAGGAGUACGUCGCCACGCAGGGGCCACUGCCAGCGACGUACGAGGACUUUUGGAGCGUCGUCUGGGAGCAAGACGUCCGCGUCGUCGUCAUGCUCACGGCCGAGUGUGAGUUGGGACAGAACAAGUGCGACCCGUACUGGGAAGGCAGCCGGUUUGGUUGCAUAAGUCUCACGCGUCUGUCGGAAGCAAAGGUUCCGCUCGACGUCGACGCCGCCCCGGCCGGUGCCGACGACCACUGCCUCAUCGUCCGCAAGUUUAUGCUGCAACGCGUGCCCAGCGAAGAGACGAAGAGGCCGAAGCCGGCGCGAAAGAUCACUCAAUUGCAGUUCUCGUCGUGGCCUGAAUACGGCACUCCGGCGAAGCCUCAUCAUCUUCUCGCCGUGAUCGAGUAUGCCAACUUGAUGCAGAACGAGGCCAACCUGUCAGACCCGCCGUCGCCUCUGUGGUUUGAGACGUCGCUCGGCGUUUUGCAUCCGCAGUCCCCUGUGGGAGAUGAGGAGUGGGCGGCCUGGAAGGCACGCAAGGCGUCGGCGCCCUCCGAGGCACAAAGGGCGGGCAUCAAGGCACGCAGCGCGGCCAUGAAUGCACGCAGCGCGGCCAUCAAGGCACGCAGCGCGGCCAUCCAGGCACGCAUGGAGCCGCCGCCGGCACCCAACGCACUCGAGCCGUCGCCGGCGGCCAUCAGGGCACACAAGACGGCCUCGAGGGCACACAAGGCGGCCGUCGAGGCACGCGAGGCGGCCGCCGAGGCACACGAAGCGGCCAUCAAGGCACAGGAGUCGAUGGCGGCCAAGGCACAGGAGUCGAUAGCCGCCAAGGCACGGAUGCCAACGGCCACCAGGGCACAGAAGGCGGCCCACAGGGCACAGGAGGCGGUCAUCAAGGCACGCGAGGUGGCCAUCGAAACACGCGAGGCGGCCACCAAGGCGCGCGAGGCGGCCAUCAAGGCACGCGAGUCGACGGCCACCAAGGUGUGCAAGCUGUCGGCGGCCAUCAAGGCACGCGGGGCGUCCAUCAAGGCACGCGGGGCGUCCAUCAAGGCACACAGGGCGUCCAUCAAGGCACACAAGGCGGGCAUGAAGGCACGCAAGGCGGCCAGCAGGGCACGCGGGGGGGGCGGCAGGGCACGCAGGGGGGCCGGCAGGGCACACAGGCCGUCGGCGGCCGCCAAGGCACACGGGUCGUCGACGUUCACCAAGACCGGCAAGCUGUCCACGACGGAGACGGUUUUGAAGGCCUACCAGGAAGGCACGCUGGCGGCCAUCUCCGAGAGAGGCGAGCUGUCGGCGUCGAGCAAGUACUGGGACGAAAGACCCGACCGCUGGGGGCGGACGCGUCCGAUGCUGGCAGAGGAUGCACAUUGUGCGCAGUCUUCCGCAGUUCGUCCUGUGCUACGACACAGUUCUCCAAUGGAUAGGCCGGAUGAACGUCGGACGGAAGCUCGCCGGCAAAGGGCCCUAUCUCAUCCACCAGCCGAAGCUGUAGCCGCCGUUUCAGGCGGCAUGAAGGAUGCGGCCGACGCGAAGAAUGCCGAUUUGUGA